AUGUCCAAACGCUUAGCUGACGGUCUUCAAGGAGGCUCAGACAGAAUGCACGAAUUCGGUAUGAUGGGCACACCCGAGGAGAAGCCCCAACGGGCGACGGCCGCUCAGUUGGCCAACAGAAAGAGCGGCCAAGUCGUCGAGGAGCUUUCCCCCACCAACGCGCGUUGUUGGGAUGUAUCGCGAACGCGUUUGGGGUGA